GUUACUACGCAUGCGUAAAAUUUAGAUUAUGUGACACAUUGACCCGUUGAUCUCACCUUCCGUGUUUUACAUUACUGAAAUACCAAAUCGCCAUUUUUCCUAAUUUUUGGAAAAUCUCGAUAAAGCAUAAAAAUGAACAACGCACGUCAGUCCUUGGCUUUGGGGCGCCUCCUCGUGCGAGAAUUUAGCAAAACAGCCCCCAGAAGCACGGAACAAGUGUCUCCCAAGUUCCACAAAUUGAAACAAAUCCAACAGAAAUUUGGGGUUGAAGACAACGUCCCAGUGUACUUGAAAGGGGGCGCCGGCGAUAAAAUCCUCUAUGCAGCCACUUUGGCGAUAACAGCUGUUGGUCUCGGAAUGUCCCUAGAGACUUGGUACCGAUUGGCCGUGAAAUAAACGCAAUUUGUCUUGUAGUAUAUUAUUAAGUAAAAAUCCAACAAUAAAGUUUAUUUAAACAAA